UAUACAGGAACAGCACCACUACGCGUAAUGAAUUCCUUUGUGCGCGAACUUCCCUUAAGCCCACCCAGUCGACUUCCGUUGUCUCUGUCUUCCUAGUCAAGAAAGCGAGAGAAGCUCUCUUUCCCCUUUUUCCAUUUUCCAUCCAACUAAACACAAAUCUCCAUAUCUUUGUUUCACUCCAUCAACGUACCUUCCUCCGAUUCUAGGGCAGCUUCUUUGUUUUUUUACUCUUCCCACCAAACCCCCCCUCCAUCAAGCAAUCGGAAACAAUUGUUAGAGCUUUGAGAGUUUUCUUUCCUAUUUUUGUGUUAUUGUAAUUAGUGCGUAGAGCCGGCCAAGUCGACUCGGGAUAAUGUUCUUCUCGGGCGAUCCAUCGACUCGGAAGCGAGUUGAUUUGGGGGGCCGGAGUUCGAAGGAAAGGGAUAGGCAGAAGCUUCUGGAGCAGACGAGGUUGGAGCGCAAUCGGCGCUUGUUUUUACGCCAGCAAAACUCAGCCGCGCUCAAAAUCCAGAAAUGCUUCAGAGGGAGAAAGGCAGUGAAAGCUGAACAUUUUAAGGCGCGAGAGCAUUUCUAUGAAACCUAUGGGAAGCACUACCAAAAUGUAAACAGGCAUUGUUUUGGCCCAGACUCAGAGUUCCUCCGUCAGUUACUUUUUUUCUUUAAUGCACAAAAUGCUGGCGAUUUUGCAAUCCUUGUGGAGACAUGCCGAUUACUUCUGCAAUUUGUUCGUGAUAGUGGGUACAGUAUCUCACAGAAACCUUUGCUGCCUAGAACUUUAGUUGGUGGGAACAUCGAAGGCCUCUUUGCUGGCAAGGAUUAUUCAUCCAACCGAACCUUGGUGGACUUUAGAGUGAAGCAACUUGCAUAUGCUUGUAUUCAGGCUGUGCAUCAGAAUAGAAAUUGGUUAGAGGAGCAAGUAUUGAUGGCGCCUGAGGAAUCUAGCACAUCAACGAGUGUCUUGCUAGAAACAGUAGUUUUAUUGAUAAAUCCAAAACUUCCAUGGGCUUGUAAUAUAGUUGGCUAUCUAUUGCAAAGAAAUACAUUCACCCUAUUUAGAGAGAUUGCACUUACAUGGAAGGAAAGUACUAAGAGUGGUAAUGCCAUUGGUACAGUUUUGUCAUUGGGGCAUGUGCUUGGCCUUAUAAUUCCUCACGUUGGUCAGAAGCCAUGUACUUGUCCAAAUAUCUACUCACAAUCGAGUUUCUCAUCCCAGAUUCUUACAAUUCCAUUCUUGUGGCAGCUUUUCCCAUACUUAAAAGAGGUUUUUGCAAGUCGGGGGCUUAGCCAACAUUACUUACAUCAGAUGGCAUUUUGUAUGCAAAAUAGUGCUAAUAUACUUCCUAAUGAUGUAUCCGCUGAAUAUCCUAGUUAUGCCUGCCUUCUUGGGAAUAUUUUAGAAACUGCUGGUGUUGCUUUAUCACAGCCCAACUGCUCAUUUGAAAUGGCUGUGGAUCUUGCUUCUGUUACAACGUUUUUGUUGGAGACACUUCCUUCCAUGAAAUCAUCUGGCAGAGAGAGUAAAGAAAGUUCCAUGCUGGUUGAGGAUGACACAGUUGCAGGUGAUGAAGCAAUAGAAAUAGGUUUGAGUAAGGAUUUGGAACAACAAAUAUGCAAUGCUAUAGAUCCUCGAUUUCUUCUGCAAUUGACAAAUUUGUUAUUUGGAGGAAUUUCUCUUGCUGGUGGUUCACACGAUGGACCGGAUGAUAAGGAGGUGGCAGCUGUUGGUGCAGCUUGUGCUUUUCUGCAUGUCACUUUCAACACUUUACCUCUUGAGCGAAUCAUGACUGUACUAGCUUACAGAACUGAACUUGUUCCUGUACUUUGGAAUUUUAUGAAGCGGUGCCAUGAGAAUCAGAAAUGGUCAUCCUUGUCACAGCAGUUUGCAUAUCUGUCUGGAGAUGCACCUGGUUGGCUAUUGCCCCUGGCUGUUUUCUGUCCUGUGUACAAGCACAUGCUUAUGAUAGUUGAUAAUGAGGAGUUCUAUGAGCAGGAGAAACCACUAUCAUUGAAGGAUAUUAGAUGCCUUAUAAUUAUUCUAAGACAGGCGCUAUGGCAGCUUCUAUGGAUCAAUCCUGCAACACCAGCUAAUUCUGUGAAAUUCGCCACCAACACCUCUACUAAUAAGAGGCAUCCUGAGGAAUUCAUCCAAGAAAGGGUUAGCAUUGUAGCCUCUGAGCUCCUUUCACAGUUGCAAGACUGGAACAAUAGACGGCAAUUUACAUCCCCCAGUGACUUCCAUGCUGAUGGUGUUAAUGAAUUUUUCAUUUCCCAGGCUCUAAUAGAAAAUACCCGAGCAAAUGACAUAUUGAAGCAAGCACCCUUCUUGGUGCCAUUUACAAGCAGGGUUAAAAUAUUCACUUCACAGUUAACGGCAGUUCGGCAAAGACAGGAGUCUCAUUCUGUUUUUACUAGGAACCGAUUCAGAAUACGAAGGGAUCAUAUUUUAGAAGAUGCCUAUAACCAGAUGAGUGCAUUGUCUGAAGAGGAUCUUCGAGGAGUUAUUCGUGUAACGUUUGUCAAUGAAUUUGGAGUUGAGGAGGCUGGUAUUGAUGGUGGUGGAAUUUUCAAAGAUUUCAUGGAGAAUAUUACUCGAGCAGCUUUUGAUGUCCAGUAUGGUUUAUUUAAGGAAACAGCUGAUCACCUGCUCUACCCUAACCCUGGAUCUGGAAUGAUACAUGAACAACAUCUCCAAUUUUUCCAUUUUCUUGGAACUCUUCUGGCAAAGGCUAUGUUUGAAGGAAUUCUUGUUGAUAUACCAUUUGCAACAUUUUUCUUGAGCAAAUUAAAGCAGAAGUACAAUUAUCUGAAUGACUUACCUUCAUUGGACCCAGAACUGUAUCGCCAUCUUAUUUUCUUGAAGCAUUAUGAAGGUGACAUUUCAGAUUUAGAACUGUACUUUGUUAUCGUCAAUAAUGAAUAUGGAGAGCAGACAGAAGAAGAGCUACUUCCUGGAGGAAAGAACUUGCGUGUUUCCAAUGAGAAUGUUAUUACGUUUAUACAUCUUGUGGCCAAUCACCGUUUGAAUUUUCAGAUACGUCAACAAAGUUCUCAUUUCUUGAGGGGGUUUCAGCUGCUUAUACAGAAAGAUUGGAUUGACAUGUUUAACGAGCAUGAACUUCAGCUUUUGAUAUCAGGUUCAGUUGACAGCUUGGAUUUUGAUGAUCUAAGAUUGAAUACCAAUUAUGUAGGCGGCUAUCAUAAAGAACAUUACGUCGUAGAGAUGUUCUGGGAAGUUCUGAAAAGCUUUUCAUUGGAAAAUCAGAAGAAAUUUUUGAAGUUUGUCACUGGGUGCUCUCGAGGACCCCUCCUUGGAUUCAGAUAUCUCGAGCCUUUAUUUUGCAUACAAAGGGCUGCUGGUAGUGCCUCUGAGGAGGCUCUUGACCGGUUACCAACAUCAGCUACUUGUAUGAAUCUUCUAAAGCUUCCACCAUAUAGAAGCAAAGAGCAACUGGAAACAAAGUUGCUAUAUGCUAUAAAUGCCGAUGCUGGUUUUGAUUUGAGCUGAUUGACCAACUACGCCAAAUGGAAGUGGAGAAGAAUACUGUCAUUAGAUAUGGCAUUUACCAUUUUUCGGUUUUAUAACUCUCCACUCUUGGGGGAAGUGGUGAAAACCAUAAGAGCUUCCUAGGAGACUUUGAAGGUGUUAAAGGCAGAUUGGUGGCUGAAUAAAAGGCAUGUAAGUUAUGAUUUCCGGCCAGCCUGCUUAUUCGAGUUUAAAAUGUACAUAUGUGGGAUAAUCUGCAAAAUGGAUGGAGGCAUUCUAAAGCCUACACGUGCAGGACCAUUGCUAGAUGGUCAUAUAAAUGUCAUCAUUUUGUAGAUUGUAAAUCUUUUAAAACUUGGAUUGACAUAUUUCUGUAAAUGAGAAGGGAUGACACUGCAUGUAUUAGUAGGGGUUUGUAGGAUGUUUAGGCAGUGUUCUCAUUUUUUUAUCCUCAUUUCUAACCUUUUAAAUAUAUGAUGAUUGUAUAAAUGACACAGUUCUGAUA